GAGCAGCAACAGAGGCAGGAGGACGAGGAGGAGGAGGAGGAGCCGUCGCAGGAUGAAGGAUCGGACUCAGGAGCUGCGGAGUGCGAAAGACAGUGAUGAUGAAGAGGAGGUGGUCCACGUGGAUCGGGACCACUUCAUGGAUGAGUUCUUUGAACAGGUGGAAGAGAUCCGGGGCUGCAUUGAGAAACUGUCAGAAGAUGUGGAGCAGGUGAAAAAACAGCAUAGCGCCAUCCUGGCUGCCCCCAACCCAGAUGAGAAAACCAAACAGGAGCUGGAGGACCUCACUGCAGACAUCAAGAAGACGGCCAACAAGGUUCGGUCCAAAUUGAAAGCGAUCGAGCAAAGCAUUGAACAGGAGGAGGGGCUGAACCGUUCCUCCGCGGACCUGCGCAUCCGCAAGACCCAGCACUCCACACUGUCCCGGAAGUUCGUGGAGGUAAUGACCGAAUAUAACGCGACCCAGUCCAAGUACCGGGACCGCUGCAAGGACCGGAUCCAGCGGCAACUGGAGAUCACUGGAAGGACCACCACCAACGAAGAACUGGAAGACAUGCUGGAGAGCGGGAAGCUGGCUAUCUUCACAGAUGACAUCAAAAUGGACUCACAGAUGACGAAGCAGGCGCUGAAUGAGAUCGAGACAAGGCACAAUGAGAUCAUCAAGCUGGAGACCAGCAUCCGUGAGCUGCACGACAUGUUUGUGGACAUGGCCAUGCUUGUAGAGAGCCAGGGAGAGAUGAUUGACCGCAUUGAGUACAACGUGGAACAUUCUGUAGACUACGUGGAGCGAGCUGUGUCUGACACCAAGAAAGCAGUGAAAUAUCAGAGCAAGGCCCGGAGGAAGAAAAUCAUGAUCAUCAUUUGCUGUGUGGUGCUGGGGGUGGUCUUGGCGUCAUCCAUUGGGGGGACGCUGGGCUUGUAGGCCCCCCACCCUACUCUCUCCCAGACCCCUCCCCCACCACAUCGGGAGCAAUACCCCCACCACCCCUUUCAAUCCAUCCCCUGCUCCAGGCUCACCCCCAAAACAGACCCAGGCAGCCCCACCCCUCCUCCAUCCCCACGGCAGACCCUGGUGUCCCUGGACCUUACCUAGCCAUGGACCCCCCUGCCCCCGCACGUAGAUCGCAGCAGGCGUGAUUACACAUGCACACCAACAUGCAUGCCGCCGGCACAUGCUCAAGACGUGUGGACACCCCAGCGUGUGUGUGCGUGUGAUGUGUGUGAUGCACCAGAGCAUCCCCCUGCCCCCACCUCGGGUGUGUGUGCGUGGUCUGAGCUUCCCCCUUCACCGGGGCUUUUGUGUAGACUGCAGCCGAGUGUAACACAGCUGCCCACCACGCCCCUCUCUGUCCUCUGUGAACGGUGUGUGUGUGUGUGAGACCACAGAUCUGUGGACACACUAUUUGUGUACGUGGAAUUUUGUGUUUGAGUGUUUGAACCUAAUGCAACAGCAACAAAGCCACUGA